AUGACGGAGAGACAGAACGAGGGAGAGCGGUUAGAGGAGAUGAGGAGUGGCAUACAGAUGGGUGCAGAGCGGUACCGGAGCAGCGAGCCGACCUCAGUAGCUGCAAUACUGCUGAUGAACACAUGGGAAGCAGUGGGGCGGCAGGGAGGACACGUGUCACGAUACGAUUGGAGCAGCCUAUUCCACGUGGGCUAUUCGCCGAUCCGUUUGAGCUGGAGAGAAUCGUGCGACCAGGUGUGGGGGCUGGGGGAGCUAGUGGGCGCAUGGGAUGGUGAGAAGAGGGAGAGAAUGGCGCAGAUGGAGUGGGCAGCGCAGCUGACGCACAGCUGGAGCGAAUCCUGCGACCAGCGGGCGACCGAGCCUGGGUGUUGGUCAUCACAACCAGCACCUGCAGACGGAAAAACGGACCUGUCGGCGGGAGCAGCAGGGCUGGGAGGAGACUCGGAGGGCGCCGAAGCAGCAGCAGCAGAGGGAAGACGCGACGAGGAGCGGGGGGAGGAGGGGGAGGAAGGGGCGUUGCUGUGGGAGGUGCCGGCGGGGUGUGCUGCCCACACGCCCGUGGUGCUGUGGGAGCCAUCCCUCUGGGAACGCACCGGACCAGAGCCAUCCCUCUGGGAGCGCACCGGACCGGAGCCAUCCCUUAGGGAGCGCACCGGACCAGAGCCAUCCCUCUGGGAGCGCACCGGACCCAUGCCAUCCCUCUGGGAGCGCACAGGACCAGAGCCAUCCCUCUGGGAGCGCACCGGACCAGAGCCAUCCCUUAGGGAGCGCACCGGACCCAUGCCAUCCCUCUGGGAGUGCACCGGGCCAGAGCCAUCCCUCUGGGAUCGCACCGGACCAGAGCCAUCCCUUCGGGAGCGCCACGGGCCUGAGCCAUCCCUUGGGUGCCCACUGGGCUUGAUGCCAACCUGA